CUCUCUCUGUGCGAGUAGUAAGGAUUCUGCCGGAAUCACGUCAUGAAAUCCUGCAAGUUAUCCGAUCUCAGAACAUUGAAACGCCUUAAUUGCAUCACCAUUUUCGGUAGUACUCAAGGUCAGUACACCCUGCACAUCUCUUCACUUUCUAUAAGUGAAACCGAAUCUACGAAUACUAAAUCCACACACAUCCAGCCUGUAACCCCGCAAUCUCUUAAGAAAUCAAUCUCUUGUUCUCAGUGGCAUUUCAUCGAAUACAUAUCAGACACCCUCACACCCACCACAAUCUCCAGUGCCCUAUACGACCUCCGGGCAUCCCCUGACCUCGUCCUCAAAUUCACUGAAUAUUUCAACCCGAGCAAUACCGAUGUUGAAUGCUAUUGUCUAUCUAUCGCCAUUAUCUGUCAGCUACCCUCACCUAAACUAUCUUCACAAUUCAUCAAAACAGUAAUCAGUUCACGCAGGUUUAGUUAUAAGGAUGUGUUCGACGGGUUAGUUGAUGCCCGUGAGCGGUUAGGCAUAUCAAGUUCGAUAAUGUUUGACUUAUGGAUCAAGGGUUUCUGUGAGUUGAAGAGAGCUGAUGAGGCGUUCAAGUGUUUUUACUUAAUGAAACAGAAAGGGGUGUUGCCUAAGAUUGAGACUUGUAAUCAUAUAUUAAGCUUGUUUCUUAGAUUUAACCAUACACAGACUGCUUGGAUUUUGUUUGCUGAGAUGUUCAGAUUGAAGAUUAAUUCGACCGUGUGCACUUAUAACAUAAUGAUUAACCUUUUGUGUAAAGAAGGGAAGUUGAAGAAGGCGAGGGAGUUUGUGGGGAACAUGGAGACAAUGGGGUUGAAACCAAAUGCGAUUACUUAUAAUACACUAAUCAACGGUUACUGUAUGAAGAGGAAUCUUGAUGGUGCUCAGAGGGUAUUUGAGGGAAUGAAAGCAAAAGGCAUUCAGCCGGACACAUAUAGUUAUGGAGCCCUUGCUAGUGGGAUGUGUAAAGAAGGAAGGUUCAAGGAUGCAUCUGAUCUUUUGGUUAAGAUGGAGGAGUUGCAGAUAGUACCGACUGCCAUAACUUAUAACGCUUUGAUAGAUGGAUAUUGCAAUAAAGGGAAUCUUGAAAUGGCGUUUCAUUAUAGGAAUGAAAUGGUUGGAAAGGGCAUACGACCAUCUGUAUCUACAUAUAAUUCACUAAUUCAUGCAUUGGUUUUUGAAGGUAAGGAGUCAGAAGCUGAGGAUAUGAUAAAAGAAAUGGGAGAGGAACAAUUGGUUCCGAAUGCCAUUACAUAUAACAUAUUGAUCAAUGGAUAUUGUAGGUCUGGCAAAGCAAAAAAGGCUUUUGACCUCCAUGAUGAGAUGUUAAGUAAAGGGAUUCAGCCCACGCACGUAACCUACACUUCCCUAAUAAACGUACUGAACAAGCGAAAUAGAAUGACAGAAGCGGAUAACUUGUUUGCCAAAAUCAUUGACAGAGGGGUGUUGCCAGAUAAUGUGAUGUUUAACGCGCUGAUUGAUGGUCACUGUGCCAACAAAAACAUGGAACGGGCUCUUUUAAUUUUGAAGGAGAUGGAUAGGCUGAAGGUUUAUCCUGAUGAAGUGACAUAUAAUACUCUAAUGCAGGGCCAUUGUAGGGAAGGGAGAGUUGAAGAAGCUAUUAAGCUUUUUGACGAGAUGAAGAGAAGAGGGAUUGAGCCUGAUCAUAUCAGCUACAACACUCUUAUUAGUGGGUAUAGCAGGAGAGGUGAUAUGAAGGAGGCCCUUAUGGUUCGGGAUGUUAUGCUGAAUAGAGGUUGCAGACCUACACGGGUGACCUACAACUCUCUUAUACAAGGAUUAUGCAAAAACAAGGAGGGGCAUCAUGCGGAAGAGCUCCUCAAAGAAAUGGUCGGUAAAGGCAUUAAUCCUGAUGACAGUACCUAUUAUUCGUUGAUUGAAGGGAUAGAAAGUGUCGAUAAGUUUUUGGAAAAUGAUAUUUGAUUGUACUUGAUAUCUCCAACUGAAUGGAGGGCACUUUUCUUUCAAAGCAGCUUAGAGUAUAGAUCUUUUGAACACCUAUGUUAUGGUAAAAAUGGUAUAUAAUUGUGGUUGGGGAGAGGUCAUUCGAGGAUGGCGUUUAAGCAGUGGUUUGUAGGAUUCUACUUGCCAUUCAUGCUCCUUGUUUAAGGGUUGCUAAUUAGCCGAAGAAUCUUGAGAUAGUAGAAAGUUGUACACCCUUUCUUAUGAAACCAAAGAGAAUGGAAUUUGAUGAAGAUGGGGAUUUGGACAAAUUUGUCUCCCCCAGAGAAGGCAUAAUUUUGUGAUAAAUACAAAUGAAUAGCAGCGUGUGAUGUCCAAUUUGCUUAGCUCCUGUUUUGUACAGAUCUCUUACUCAGAUUCUGCUUCAAUCCGGAGAAGAACAAAGCCACAAUGCAACUACGACAAGCUAUCCUCAAAAUCUCAGCCACGGCAUAUCAAAUGGAGGUAAGCAUUAAGUCAAGUUAAUUACAGUAGAACUUAAACCUUGAUACCAGAUGAAUUUCAUCUUUACUUUAGCGAAGGCUGACUUCGUGGGAAGUCCUUGUGUUGCAUCCUUUUUGCCUUUCAAAAAAUAAAUGAAUA